CCCCACCCCCGUUUCCCCCUCCCUGCGCUUGUGUUCUCUAGCAUCAGCACCUUACCCCCGCUGAACAGCGACCGUCCUCGAAGAUGUGAUAUCAAGCGUGCUGAACUGACAGCGACAACAGUCGACCAGGCCUGCCAAUUGCUAAGCCAAUCAUGGAACAUUUCAAACCACGGGAAAUUUGAAAUGAGCGUGUAAAGACCACGUUUGUGUUUGUGAAGCCUUCAUCGGUGCUUUUGUUUCUUUCCUCAGUUGUGCAGGGUAUCUGAUGUGGAUGAUGGCAACGCACAAAGAGCAAUGAAAUGAGACCGACCCUUGGGCAGUGUAUAGGCCUAAGCUGCCUGUUCAUGAUUCCUUGCCGAUGUUUCCAGAUUUUGGAUUUGCUUCCUUGAGCUUAUGUUCAAUUUAGGCUAGUCAACGGCGUCCCUCCUGAUCCCAGAUUUUUUAGGGCGCCGCAUCAUGAUGAUGUUGGGAAUGUCAGCCGCCGCGGGUAGAGAAACCCGGACUCCCUCCCUGCCUCACCAGCUGCCUGCACGCCACUGACAUGACAACGCGUGGCAGGAAAACAAAGAUCAAAGGGCUCAGACCUAUAGCUGGACGUGUGAAUGGGGAAAGAAGGGGUCUCACGCCAGGUUAUCAAACUGGAGGAGGCCGAAACGCAUCUGUUGGGGACAAGCACCAAGGGCAGUGCGGAACUCUAACGCGCCGGGAAGAGACUGGGAGAGUUCGGUCCAGUGCCCACUGAAGAUGAUCAUACUCUGCAAUUCGAGGCUGAUUAUGGAAAAGCAAAGGCACCGAUGAAUAAACUGGUUAAAUCAGAACUCAUUCUACCGUCGGUGGUCGUUCUGGCACUGCUUCUAACUAGCACCAUGGGUUGCAUUCAGAGCAUCGCCUGCAAGCCGCGAAUCAGACGGGAGAAUAUUGUUGUGUAUGAGGUCUCGGCCUCCAUUGACCAGUGCCCUACCGUGAUUGAGGAGAACUCACCGAUUGUGCUGCGCUACAAGACGCCCUAUUUCAGGGCUUCUGCGGGUAUUGUGAUGCCUCCUGUGCCACGAAAUGAGACCUGGACUGUAGGCUGGAUUCAAGCUUGCACUCAGAUGGAAUUCUAUAAUACAUAUGGGGACAUUGGAAUGUCCAGCUGGGAGCUUCCAGAGUUGCGCGAGGGCCGUGUCAAGGCCAUCAGCGACUCCGACGGCGUCAGCUACCCCUGGUACGGCAACACCACUGAGACAGUCACGCUGGUGGGACCCACGUACAAACCCUCGCGCUUGACCGUCAGCAUGAACGACAACUUCUACCCCAGUGUGACCUGGGCAGUGCCCAUCAGCAACAGUAACACGCCCAUGCUGACGCAUAUCACCCGUGACCAGAGCUUCAUCACCUGGCUGGUGGCACUCAACGCCGUCACAAAAGAGCGCAUCGUGCUGCAGACCAUCCGCUGGCGCAUGCGUGUGGACAUCGCCGUGGAGCCCGGCAUGCCGCUUGGCUCACGCGCCUCCCUGGUGGGACGGCCGCACCAAGAGCAGCCCCACAUCCUCAACAACCCGGAGCCCAUCCCGCCCAACGCGCUGGGCCGGCCGAAUGCCAACGACGCACAGGUGCUCAUGUGGCGUCCCAGGAGAGGCGCUCCACUCGUGGUCAUUCCCCCCAAGUAGCCGCCAGUGGACCUAAGAACUCACGCGUGGGAGUGGCUGGGUUGGAAAAAGAAUCCCUCCCCACCCCCAACCCAAACAGAGGCUAGGAGCUACUGGAGAUCCAGAUGUGCGGACAGCAGAGUGGAGAGCACGGGGCCGCCAAACUGGAUUUGUGGUGAAACGUGGCUUUGGAGAGGCUUGGUUGAACUGAAAAGUGGAUGGUUCUGCACAGCACUCAUUUGCAACCAAUACACUGUACACUGCAUGAGAGGAAAAGAGAGAGAGAGAGAGAGAGAGAGAGAGAGAGAGAGAGAGAGAGAGAGAGAGAGAGAGAGAGAGAGAGAGUUAGAAAACUGAUGCUCUGGAAGGAAAGUCGGCGAUUUGGUGUCAGGUGGCAUGAGAUUCUGCAGGUCUCUGGGACAGAGGGGACUGUAAGCCCCUGCACUCGGACAGUACAAACCAAAUGAAACAGUGCUUGUAGCCAAGAAGUUUGUGGUGAAACAAAAAAAAAUUAAGAGCAACACUUUCAUAGACUUAAAAAAACAUAUAUUCAAUAAUUUGUAGUUUAAUUUAAUUGGUUUACAGAGAACUAAACCAUUUGUUUUUAAUUGACUAAUUUAGAUACUGAAACAGCUCCGAUUAUUUGAGGAGGAGAGAGCAUGCGUCACCACCAUCACCACCAUCACCACCACCACUGAUGAGCAUUUAAACCACUACCUUCAAUGAACACACCUUCCUUUGCCUUGCAUGAGAAUAGUAGUCUGAACAUAAUAGGUUCAAAGCAGAGGUGCAGCACUGUGAGUGAGUCGUGUGAUACACACACACACACACACUCACUCACACAGACAUACUGUAUAUACACACACACACACAUACACAUACACACGCGCACACACACACACACACACACACUCCAUCUGUGCCGCUCCCUUGCUUCCAUUAUCCCCUCCCAUCUGUCUUUUUUCCAAACCUCCCCCUGAUUUUUCCAUGUCUCACCGCGCCCCCCGUCUCCUCUCUGUAGGUGUGUAUUACGUUGUGGAGACCUGGACGCCACGGCCAGGACUGGCCUGGUGUGAUUAUUCUGUGUUCUAGGAUUGAGGCUGAUAGCUGUUGACUUCAGCAGUGUCUGCAGGCUCACCACCCCAGGCACAAAGGCAGAGACAUAGCUCUUUGGGAGCUGAGGGUGUGUCCAUGGCAGCUUCCCCAAGAAACGUAAGGGAAAGCAGUCAUCUACAGCUAGGUCCAUGCUCUUUUCUUGUCUUUGUAUCGGUUGAUUGUGUCACAGUGUUGUUGUAAAACAAAAGACUGAGUGAGGACUUUGAUUAUAUGUGUAUCAGUGCAUCAUGUUUUUGUCAUGAUUCGUAGAAAUCAACUAAUUGAAUUCCACCAGUGCUGCAAAAAAUAACAAUAAUGAGAAAGUACAAUGCAGAAUCAAUUUGGACAGUUACAGGUACAUACAGUAGAUUUUCACCAUUUGAUCUCUGGCUCCUGCUGACUCUGAUAUGGAUGUCAGAGGUCAGUCAGUAUUGUGACUUGUCCAAGUCCAGGAGCUUUUGAAAUGCUCAUUGCAGUCUCAGGGUGACCACUCCAUCAAGUGGUCACCACCACAGCCCCUAGGCAUAAUCUGCAGUGAUUAAUUAAAUUCCAUACCUGUUUCUUUUCUGCACUUCACGCUGGUCUCCUCCGUUUCAAAGUGGUCUGCCCAUCACUGUCUGGCCUGAAGUAGGGUCUCCUUAAGUCGCCAGCACCUUUCCUUUAAAAACAUCACUAAAUGAUGACACUCGUAGUGAAUGGGUAAGCCACUGGAGUGCCCAGUACACCAUCUAAAAUCACAUUUGGACCACCAGCACCAUCAACACAGGGAAGAGACUGAGAUAUUUGAUACCAGUGUUUUUAUACCAUGACUGUAUUCAAGGCAAUGAGAAUGAUUUUCUCUAAUUUGAGAAGACAUUUAUCUGUCACUAUACUAUCAUACCAUAAACCAGUGAACUUCAGGUAAAAACAAGUACAAGUAAAGUCAUAUAACAUGAUUGCAUGAUGAAAAUUAUUACAAUUACAAUUUUUAUUUCAACAUAAUUUACAGAUAAAGAACCACUACGGGAAUGUAAGUUUACUGCAAGUGCUAACACUGAAGACAAAAACAAUCUUCAUUUCAUUUCAAGAGAGUUGUCCAAGAUGACAUAAGGUGUAUUUAUUCCAAGAUGGCAGAACCUUCUUUUCUCCCAAGGGAUUUUUUUUUAUUACUUCAAAAGGGGUUCACUAUUGGCAGAGCAUCAGUGCUAUAGCUUACACAAUUUCAAUACAAACAGUGAAGGAGCGAGACAGGUCUUUAUCACUUCUGCUCUGUCCAUAAAGUCUCUUUUG